AUGUCGCAAGAAAUCUACAAUGUUUCCUCGAGCGAUGUUCGAAAGGCCAUCGACUCCUUGAUUUUUCAAAUGGUUCAUAUCAAGGAUGAAUCUGGGAAAUUUCUAUUGAAAUUGGAAGAUGGCAGAGUCAUAGAUACCAAAGGAUGGCAAGGAUGGGAGUGGACACAUGGUAUUGGACUUUAUGGUCUUUGGAAAGAUCACUGCCUCACCGGUUCUCAAGACUCCUUGGAGAUUAUCGAAAAGUGGUUUCAAAAUCGCUUCGAUGAAGGAGGAACUACCAAGAAUAUCAACACAGUAGCCGCGAUGUUGACGCUAGCAUACGUGUAUGAAGAGAAGAAGGUCAAUAAGUUCUUGCCGUGGUUGGAAAACUGGGCAGAAUGGGCAAUGUAUGAGCUUCCACGAACAAAAUAUGGUGGGAUGUCACACAUGACAUACAACUCGACCAACGCUCAAGAAUUGUGGGAUGAUACCCUAAUGAUGACGGUUCUUCCAUUAGCGAAGAUUGGGAAAGUCUUAAAUCGACCUCAUUAUGUGGAGGAAGCGAAGAGGCAGUUUCUCCUCCAUAUCAAAUAUCUAUUUGACACCAAGACUGGGUUAUUCUUUCAUGGAUGGACCUUUGCAGACGGAGGACAUAACUUUGCAAAGGCAUUAUGGGCGAGAGGUAACUCUUGGUUAACAAUUGUCAUUCCAGAAAUGUUGGAAUUGCUCGAUUUGCCAACCAAUGAUUCAUUCCGUAUUCAUCUCAUCGAUACUCUGGAAGCGCAGUGUCAAGCAUUGGUUCAAUAUCAAGAAGACGAUGGUUUAUGGCGUACCCUUCUGGAUCAAUCUGCAGAUACAGGAUCUUAUAUUGAAAGUUCUGCAACAGCUGGAUUUGCAUAUGGUAUAUUGAAAGCAUUAAGAAUGCGAUAUAUAGAAGGGGAGGAAUAUCAGAAUUGUGCGAUUAAAGCCAUAAAAGCUGUGUUGGGGAAAGUUAAUGAUCAAGGAGAAUUACUUGAUGUCAGUUUUGGGACAGCGAUGGGUCAUACCUUACAGCAUUACAUUGAUAUUGAUAGGACAAGUAUGCCAUACGGUCAGGCUAUGGCGAUAAUGGCAUUGGGAGAAUUCUCGAGGGUUUUUAUCUGA